AUGACCUUCGCGAAUCGUCUUCCCAGCAGAAAGUUUGCAUUCUUCAGAAAUACAGGGAAUGCAUUCACGGACUUCACUUGCGGGGAGUCGAUCGCCCGGGCAAAGUCGUUCGGCUUCGUGGUUGAGGACAGCGAAAUCUUCGAGUUCACCACUGCCACCGCGGGAUGGGAGAACACCCUCCUGGCCGGCGUGCAAGCCUUGAAGGCAUCCGGCACCGAUAUGCUGAUGGGGUGCACGUGGUUGGACGACGGCAUUGCUUUGCAGAAGGCGAUUGUUGCGGAGCGUCUGAACCUCAUCGCAAACAUCAUCCUGAUCGCGCCGACCACGGGACGUUGGCUCGUGGAGUUCCCGCGCGAUGAAAACGGCAAUUCGGACGGAGACUAUGUUCUGGCGCCCUCCCAGUGGCAUCACACCCAGAACUUUACCGACUACUCCUCGAUCGGGCCCACGCCGGCCUUCUGGAACGAGUUCAAGAACGCGACAGGUUCUGAUCCGGACUACCUCCUCGCAUCCUGUACUACGGCAGGGAUCAUCCUCGAGAGAGCCGUCAGCCGGGUCACCUGGGGAAACUACACAACGCUCGACAACUCUAGCCUGCAGUGCUCCUGCGACGUGGACCUUGAUGAGAAGAUUCGCCUGAUGGUGCGAGAUUUCGAGGAAGAGACCAUGUACGGACGAGUCCGCUUCGACAAGUUCAACCAGAAUGUUGGGCACGAGGCUGCCGUCAUCCAGGCGCAAAGGGGAAGGAUCAGACUUCCGUGCUGCCCGAGGAUAAGGCAGAAUCCCGUAUCCAGUUCCCUAUUCCCACAUGGGAAGAGCGACUGGCGUGUCCGCCCAACUGCACGGAUCCGAACAUCUUUAAGAUGCUCCGCUGAACUCCUAGACCAGGGUUUAGGGCUAGAAUUCCAUGCCUGGGUGAAGGUUUCAGGGCCUUCAGGGUGUAACAUAUACCAUACUAUACUCUCAGAUACUCCACUUUACUCUACAAGACUAUACUAUAGUAUACAGACAAGCUUACUACAUUACAGCAAAUUACAACAACCCUACUGA